GGUAACAGGGUUGACGGAGCUCACUCAUGAGCAUGUGGCUGCUAUAGUGUGGACUCUGAAAUGCAGGUUGGCAGCCUUGUUUGCACUCCAACCCUGAUUCAACCGCAGCUCACUGUCAUUGUGGCUUCACUUAACAGAGACACGGCACGCGUACGCAGGUACAAAGGAAAUACAGGUGGUCGCAGAAAAGGGAGAUUGAGGUGAAAGAUGAAGCACUUAGGGACCUGUAUCAUGGCUCUCAUGUGUGGGCUCAGUGUGAUGGAUGUGCAAGCUGAGGGUCCCCCUGCUAAAAACAUUCAUCUGCUUUCCAGUGAUGAGCACAAGUUCAUCCUGAACCUGGGACAGAAAGUCUUGCCCAGGGACUGUUAUGAACUGUGGCACGGUUCUGGGGGCCAAGCACAGGACGGGGUUUAUUUGAUCCAGCCUGCGGACUCCCCCAUCGCAGUUUUCUGUGCCAUGCAAGAUGGCGGCUGGACCGUGGUGCAGCACAUCACUGUCAACAGCUCUGUGGAUUUUGACCGCUCGUGGGAGGAGUACAAAACAGGUUUUGGGACUCUAAUGGGGAACCACUGGCUUGGAAACGAAUAUCUCCAUCAGCUAACGAGCGGACCCGGACGCUACAAACUAGGCAUCAAGUUGGUGGACAAAGAUGCCGUCACCAAGACGGGCGAAUACGACCCCGUUCUGGUGGAAGGCGAGGAGGCCCAGUAUCGUUUACGUUUGGGUCUGUUCCAAGGCACCGCUGUGGAUGCCCUUACCCUGGACACUGAAAACUAUCUCCACGACAACCAGAGGUUCACCACCAAGGACCGCGACAAUGACAACUACUUCCAGAACUGCGCCAAGUUGGAGUUCCAGGGCGUGGCCGGUGGAGGUUGGUGGUACGACGCUUGCGCCGGAGCCAACCUCAAUCGCAGGAACGUGAUCUACUGGCAGAAGGACUGCAACAAGGAGCACCUGUGCAAAUACGCCUGGAUGAUGGUGAAACCAUCUGACUUGGUUAAGGUGAUCCACAGCAGGGACUGUAAGAAGGAUGAACUGUGAUUACAUCACCUAGAACAUAGGGAAUUACAUCAAAGUGGUCCUGAGAGCUUUGGAGUUAAUCUACAGGAGGGGGAAAGAGCUAAUCACGAAGGUAUCUCUUGAUUGUAGAAUGGGACAACACACAGACUGUGGAGGGGAGGUUAAUCUAAUCUAAUAUAAUCAAAUUUCACCCUGUCACAGAACUUGACUCAUUUACAUCUUUAUUCAGUGUGAUUAAGUACCUAAUUUUAAGUGUUGGAGUGUAAAAUGAGAUGGUGGCCAAUCGUGCUCCUGGAGGACAGUACUCCAUUGUGAUUUUUGUGCCAGCCUCUAAUCGAAUACACCUCCUUCUGCUAUUCAGAUGGCUCCUAAGGGCCUUGGUUGGAUUUUCUGGUUGUUUUUAUGGGAAUUGGGGAAGAGAUCUUGCAGGCACUACGGCCCUCCAGGAGGAGAACUGGCCACCUGCUAUGUAAUGCAAUAAUUACUGGUGUUGGAAAGUCACACUAACAUUAUAUUGGUUUUUGCUUGAACAGGUGUAUAUUUCAGAAAUCCGACAUGCACAGGAACACAGUCACAAAUUUCAGUAAAGUAAACCUACCAUGUACAAUAUCAAAUGCAAAAUGCCACUUGACAUGAAAAAAUCAAUAAAAAAAAGCAAUAUCAAUAGUUUUCUUCGGUUUUGUAUUUCGACUUUCACUAUCGUCUUAGAUUUAAUAUUCUGGUAACGUUUAUUACCUAACAAGAUUUUGAAUGUACCGGAGAGAAAUUAAUUUGUAAUUGCAUCCAGAGCAGCCUUUUUGUGAUGGUUACAGGACAACAUUCUCACAGAAUAAAAUGUUCCC